AUGACGCAAAAGGCGCAGUUCAUAGCGCAAAAUCAGGCUACCCUGGAAAGCAUGGCUGAAUAUGCGGAGAGAAAUAAAAAGAGAGUAGAGGAGUUAGUUCGAGAGCGGGUUGAGUUAGAGGAAGUAGAAGAAGAGUCAGAUGAGGAGAUCAUUCCAGUCACGGAGACGAUAAUGGACGACGAAGUCCCACCUCCGGUACAGAAGGGUAUUAUAUAUGACUUCGGGAGUGACUCUGAUGAUGAAAUAGACGAAGAAGAAUGGGCGGCGUAUCAGAGGUCGUUAGUGAAGAGAAAAGUGACGGAAGAAGAAGUGGAAUUGGGGGAUUCCACUGGUUGGAUGUUUGGUGAGGAAGAGGAAGUUGAGCAGCCAUCUAAUGAAGAUCAGAUGUCCUGGGAGAAUGAAUUUAGGGAUGAACUAGAUGAGUUGCCGGUAGAUGAAGAGAUUGAGGAGUUUGAUCCAGAGGGAGACCUUGCAUAUUUAGAAGCUUUACUUGAAGGAAGCCCAAUGAUGGACAUCAAACAAGAAGAAGAAGUGGUGGAAGAGGAAGAACACCACAACUGGCCCGUGGUAGGGGUAACUGAAGAUUCAAGGCCACGGGAGAAGGCAAAGAAAAGAAAGAAAAAGGAUCUAAACCGGAAGAGGAUCGAAGGUUGGGGCGAGAUGGAGAGGACGGAGCCGUUCACGCACGAUCAGUCUUCUCGCUACAUGCCACGCAUUCGGUUAAUUCCAGGUUCUGGUGCAAAUGAAGCAAAAACGAGUAAUAUGGAAAUGACCAGCCAGUUGGAUAGAGUAGGAUGCCAGGGACCGAAUGAAAUUUGCCGCCAUUUUUCGUGA